UCUAAAUGCUUCAACAUCUAGAGAAAUACCGCCCUGUGACAUCCGAUUCUGUAUACUAUCGACACUCUAGAGGUAGUAUACCUCUAAAUUCCUAUAAUGGUAGACUUUUAGGCUUGUCUUCACUUUUAUUCUCCCUUAGAAGUAGGACGCGAUGCCCGCAAGUGGUCAUGAAAAUGCCUAAUUGUCAACCUCAUAUCGAUCGAAUCCGUCUGCCCGCACUGGCAAUAAUUUUAUCUUCUCGAUCAUGACAACACCAUUCAUAUGUCGCCAAUGCAUAGCCCGGCUUACCCAAUCUCAUUCUGUGCGAAUAAGACCUAGGCGUUUUGAACUACAUACUCAAGCCAUCUCAACAGCAGCGCCGCAGUCGAUAUGGACUUUCCCAGCAGAGCAAAGACGAGAGCUCUCGAAUGGAUAUGAUGUUGCAGAUAACCACGGGGCUGGACUUCCUACAUACGACCCAACUUGGCUUCCGCAAACGUAUCAAGGCGAGCCAAUUGCAGAGGACCAACCCGUGUGGGAUGGGCAUUUUAAGAAGUUUGUUCCUCGACCUCGGCCAGAGCUGGCUAAACUCCGUAACCAACCAGUCAGAGGUUCUCAUGACCUACAGAAAAAGAUACUACAAUCUCUAGGAGACUACAGCAUCGUAUAUGAAGAUCUGAUGCAUAUGUAUGGUCUCUCCCCUGGAGAAGCACAUCAUGCGAUAAGCCAACUGGAAAGACUUAUAGGGGGGCGGUUGGCGGUAGAAGCUGGAACACGACUCGAGCAUUUUCACGCGUGGAAAACUCAUUUCAGAGAGCUGUUGGAAAUAGUCUCUAGUUCUCACCAUGCUCCCGGAACCGAUGACGAUUUAUCCAAGCAUCCUUUAUGGACGCCUUCGGGGAGACAAGACUCAGAAGCAAUGAAGGAAGUAUGGCAGAGACAAAACCAAACAAGACGCGAGUCCAUAUGGCCGCAUAUAAUAAUAUCUGCGUUUCGUUCGCACCUUAGCACAAUACCCAGUCUUAUUCGGGCAACAUUUCAGCCCUCAUGGUGCCCAAGCUACAUCGUGGAGGAUAUAGUUUAUCUCCUUUCCCAGACUUUAGAUGACAAUCAGAUCAGCAAGAGUGACCACCGGCAAGUCACCGAGCUCAUCUUUUUUUUGCUUAAGAACAGUACCCCAAGGUAUAUGGUUCUAGAGCAACUGGUGAUUCGGAAAGUCAUCUCCUCACUACCCACAUCCAAGUUAGUUGAGCUUCAUGAAGACCUGAAAAAUAUCGAGCAUCCGUUAAACCAGAACACGUUAUUACAUUUCGCAAGCCGCUUUUCCCGAGGUUCGAAAUAUAAAAUACACGCAGCUGAAAUCAUACAUUUUCUUUCGAGCCUUCCUGGGUUCGACAUUAAUUCGCCAGCGGCGAUCAGCACCUGUACCUCUCUCCUCUCAGUGGAAGAAGGCAAUUUACCGGGUGACCAUGCAGCCCCAGAUGAACUAUUCAAAAUGCUUUUGGACGCCGGGUUCCAGCCAAAUAUACUUACUCUAUCUACACUCAUGCGGAACUUUUGCAUUCGCGGACGAGUUGAGGUUGCAUUGAGCAUAUUUGAUCUCUUGGCCAAACGUGGUAUCGAACCGGACCCUCACAUAUUCUCGAUUCUUAUUAACGGGGCAAAGCAUGCUUUAGAUUUUGAAUCGCUUCACCGUAUUGUCGCUAUGAUUGAGGCGCGCCAGGUCUGGUCCCUAUAUCUCGUGAAUGAUGUCUUAGAUUUCAUAUACCAAUACAAUGAGUCUCAACGACAGCAUAGGCGAAGACAACGAAAAAGGGACACAGCACGCGCCUGGAGAUUGAUGGUCCAGGUAUACUUGAAGUUUUUUAAACUCGCCCCGUUCCAGAAGCUCACUCUCUUCCCACUGGAGAAUCUACUUGCCACGCGCCCAGAGCAGAUAUCUCCCAAGUUAAAAGGAGUCGAUCGAUUUAUUGCUAUGCUGAAACCACUACCAGAUGCAUUGCUCAUGCAACCAGACAGCAUCACCCUGGGGCUUAUGUUUAGAGUCCAUUUCUGGACUAUUCAAAGGGCAGGACCUUUACGAAUGUAUUAUAACUACUUCAUGAGGCUUUUGAAUAAGGGUGAUCCGAUCAUGACCCAAAUCAUAAAAGACCAGGGAACUAUAGUUAUUGACACAUUCUUGCGGAAUUUUAUGCAAUUCGGUUCGACCUUCGAAAGCGGUAUCCGCAUAGUACAAAACAUGCAUAACCGCGCAAACCAGGAGAUGGAAAAGCUCGGGAAGAACGUACUCCAUCCGCAGCCGUCGGUCUACACUUACACGAUAUUAAUGACGGGCCUCAGAAAUCAUAAGCACACCCAAGGAGUAAUCGUGGCUCUCAACAUGAUGAUCAAGGAAGGUAUCGUGCCCAAUAUCGUCACCUGGAACGCUGUGAUCGGGGCCCUGCUUCAGAAAGGUUACCUCGAAGAAGCGGUUAGGGUCAUGCGAAACUUGAAGCAAGUCGGGCUCGAGUCAAACGCUCGUACGGUGCAAGAAAUUACCAACGUGUCCAAGGUCAAGAGGAAAUGGGUUGCUAAGUUAAUGAGGCAGUUAGACGAGAAACCCAGCGACAUUAGUGACCAACGCCUGUUCGCUAAGUCCCUGCUACGUAGAUGGGAGAAGCCGGACGAUCAAUUGAUAGGCCGUCGGUCUACACGAAGAGGUCACAGGAUAAGCCACGGGCGCCAUGAGCUUACGCAGCCAAGUACAGCGGUUUCUGAUGCAGCCUGAGCUGAGACAUACAUGACUACGUGGGAUAGUUUUGCGGUCCUACUUGUACUACCUAAGGCGAGGAGAAAAGGGAGAAUAGACAUGUCCAGGAGGAGUCUUCGCUGGAGAAUGCUGGGGAAGGCUAGGGAAAGGGGGGCACUACCUAUCCUCCAAGUUCAGGAAAUGUUCCCUUCAGACUAAUGAGGGAAUUAGUCUACGAACCAUAUACUGUAUAUAUAUACUGGGCUAUUUAGCAUCGGGUCGGGGCAGCAUUUCCCGGUUACACUAGACGAUAGAUACCCUCUCUCUAUUAUAUUAGAUCACGGGUAUAGAAUUAAAUCCAAAUUACAGUUUCCAAA